AAGAUCCUCGUCAACGUAAAGAGUCGGUUCAUAUAUAAACCAAUAAGAUCGAAAACGAAAACUGUACCUUAUAGCUUCCGUAUUUAAGAAAAAGGUUGGAAUAACAUAAACGCUAUGACGAACAAUGUAGCCCCCUUUCAAGCUCCACAAGUUGUAGCACAACAACCAGCAACUUUCUAUGUUCAAACUAACGCGCAACAAGCUAAUGCUGCACAUAACAAGGAAUGGAGCUCCGACAUGUUUGCUUGCUGCGAUGACAUGAGUAUUUGUUGUUGCGUAUCGUUCUGCUGUUUAUGCUACGCUCCCUGUUGCAUGGCACCAAGAAUGGAAGAAAGCUGUUGUGUUGGUUUGGGCUGCAAUGUAGCUAUGAGAACCAGAUUCAGGACCCUUCACCACAUAAAGGGAAGCAUCUGUAGUGAUUGGUGCAGUUUGUUCUGGUGUGGGCCGUGUGCUACUUGUCAGCUGGCAAGAGAGAUGGACAAACAAGGAUAUAACAGGGUGGGGUAAAGAGGGACAGUGGGUAAAGUGGGACAGUGGGUAAAGUGGGACAUUUUUUAAAUUUCUUUCUUCCCCACCCUACUAUACUACGAUUUGCAACAGUACUCUAAAAUUUUCAAUAAUUGAUUAAUUUAUUAGCUGCAUUUAAAGCGUAAUUAGUAUGCAAGUACAACUAUCCAAACUGGCGUUUAAUUUUUACGAGUCUUUGCCGGAAUUAAUGUAUAGACCUACUGCAGAUUUUUUUGCAUUGCGGUCUUGAACAGACUUUGUAUUGGGUUAAUCAAAUCAUUCAGAUUACUCUAUAAUAGAUUUACAAAUUUGGGAUAUUUAUUGUUAUAGAUUUGCUCGUAAAUAACAACCUCUCAAAAAGCAAAUUUCUGAAUGUUUUUUUAAAGUACCUAUUACUUUUGGCUAUAAAGCAGAUUCACCUAUAUUCCUAUUAAUAAAAUCACUUAUUAAUCAAAA